UUGUAGGAACAUUGAAAGCGGUUGCAACGGUAAUGAAUGUAACAGAUGACUCUGAUUCGGACAUAUAUGGUAAACCUAAAUUUAAUAGUACAAUACUAGGACCGGAUGAACGAUCAGAUAUACGAAAAGGGGGCAGAAAUACCGGACAAAAUGCUUUGAAACUAUCGCCGAUUCCGAAUGACCGGGUGCAGUUCAUAGGUUCCAGCGGUAGUCCAUUCUCAGAGCAGCAACACUUUCAUAAUUCCGAAGAGUGCUCGAAGCUACAAGCUUCCGAUACAAAGGUCCGAAAAAUAAAGCUUGGAGAUGAGACAUCGUCGUUAGUCGUAAGAUCUAAUUCUAAGUCUGUUGAAACUGAUAAAGAAAAUAUAGAAGUGGCACUGUUGGAAUCGCACAUCCUUUCUGAGAGAUCAAUUCGACCGCAGAGUAAUAGCACUGCACGUUCUCACAUAACGAAUCCAUUCGACAGUGAUAUUAUGGGAAGCCUUUGUGCAACCACCUACAGCCCAAAUCUUUUUAAUAAUUCUAAGAGAAAUGUCGAGUGUGAAACUCCUGAAAAAUCAUUUCGUUGGUCGAUUGGACAAAUGGCGGAUCUUCAUCCGGCAGUUAUUGAUGAAACGGAGUCAAUGUGUCAAAUGUGUCAAACACCGGAUCCAGCUGAAGAAGCCCAAAUUAAUAAUGCUAUCGACAAAUUUUGGGCAUCUCAAAAAUAUGUGUUACCAUCUCCUUACUUUGCGAAAGAAUCGACUAAUUCAGCACAAGAUUGUAGUCCAAACUUGAUACAGAGAUCACGAGCUUUUGUGCAAGAAUCUCCACUAGCGCGUCCAGUUGUUGCUCGAUCUAUUGAAUCAAAAAAAUCUGUUGAAGUGCAGACUAUGUUUACUUUCCCACCAAACCUUGAUUUAAUGAGACUUCUAGGUUGUUUGUUCAUAACAGUCCAAAAUAAACAUAGGAAUAUUUUACUUUUGCAAAAUCUGCUUCAUCAGUUCGCUUGUUAUGCUGUUUCUUAUUUCUGAUUCUGUCAUAGAUUGUUCAUUAUGCUUAAUACAUUUGAACGAAAUGGCGGAAAUAAUAGGAGCGAAGUAAGAGAGCAAAUAUUAGUUGUUACAUCAGUGAUCAUUAUUUUUUACCUUUCAUCUACCAUCAUUUUGGCGUAUGAUCAUCUUAUUCGGUAUAGAAUGUCAACAAUUGGAUUUAAUUUCGUGUUUUACUUUGAGUUUCUUUAAGGUAAUUGCUUCCAGCAUGAAGAAGGUGAAGUAGCAAUUUUCGAAGCGAACUUAUCUCUUAAUACAUUGCGUCGUAAGCUUUUCCUUGAUGCAUUGUCGUCCCAUGCAAAUACUGAGAAUGGAAGUGAGAGCUCGGUAGCGAUGGAUAUUGAUAACAUUUACGAUGAAAGUGAACCAUUUAACCUUGAACGCCCUACAUGGUACCACUCAAAUGAUGAAAUAAUAUCAGCAAGGAGAGUUUCAUUUGAUGGUGUUAUGGAUCCAAAUGGAGCGGCUGAAAUCAGUUGCCGUUUACUUUCCCCAGACAUUUCACCAAUAAAAAAUUAGGCAGUUUUGUUGAUUUCUUCUUUAGACGGAAAUAAUAAAAUAUUCUCAUACCGAGAGGUUUCCAACGGAUUGCUUAGAAUUUAUCUCUUUUCACGUUAAGUCGGUAAUUUGUUGACAAAUAUUGAAAGAAAUUACAACCGGUUAUUAUUGCUGUAAUCUAAUUUUGUUCCGGUGUUUCAUGUGUGUUGGCAAUGCAUUCUUAUACGGUGUCUUUAUCCCGUUGUUCAACUAUUGUAUUAUUGCUCACAUCAUUGGUAUUUUUCUUAUGGAAUAAGCAGAUAAAUGAUAUCAUUCG